CACCCCCUCCUCUCUUUUAGAGGCGGGAAGACAGAAAGGGAAGUCCCGUGAGCUCUCAAAGCUGACAAACAUCCUCCUUCAAAGCGAGAGCUGAAAGAAACAGCCCAGAAAUCCGGCUCUGAAGUUUGAACCUUCUCGUCCAUCAGUUUUAGGGCAACGCUUCUGAAAAGGAUUUUCUGAGGUACAGCCAUGGCGACUGCAUUUGAGACUGCAGAUACUGAAGAGACCACCACCUCUCUCAAUAUCACCGUCUACCAUCCAGAACAAGAGAAAAAGCAAGUAUUCCGUGCCAUAAGGUUUUGCCAGCGAGAGCAGCUGAGAGUGGAUGAAUUGGUUAAAUUUGGAAGAAACUGUGACAUCUGUCGUUUUUACUUUGUGGACUCACAUGUUUCACGGAUUCAGUUUGCCCUUCAGCUUUUUAGACCCUUCGGCAGCUCUGAGCUUGUUUUUGAGAUUAUGAAUUUGAGUAAAAGGGUUAAGUUAAUUGUAGACAGUGUUGAAUUGGCCUUCCUGAACAAGUUCAUCAUUCCACAGAGAUGCUUGGUUCGCUUUGGAGACUAUCAGCUGUUAAUGGAAAAACAAGAUGGACAAUCUGAGAAUUUCUUUGAGAUCUCCUUUGACAUGUCAAAAACAUCAUUGUGGCAAGAAGCAGUGUCUUUGUCUGUACCUGAAACUGGCGUUGCAUAUAGUCCAUCUCCAGAAGAGAUGGAUGAAGAUGAAUAAAUGAGAAACGCUCAAUGAGCAGCAAAGGCCAGUGUGGUAUAGAGGUUUGAGCGCUGGACCAUGAUCCUAGAGAUCAUAGAAACCCACUGGUGUCUAUGGGCAAUUUGCAACUUCUCAACUUUAAAGGGAUGCAAAAGUAAACCUUCAUUGAACAAGUAUUGCCAAGAAAUCCUCAUGAUGUGUUUGCUUUAAGGUCACUAUUGGCGGGAAACAAUUUGAAGAAACACCAUAACAGAAAAUGGUCUAAUUUUGACGUGUGUGUGUGUGUCCCUAUCCUCCAUUUUUGAAGGUCUCCUGCCCUCUUGCCAGUAACUUCUUUGAAGGAUUCCCUCUCUCCUUCUAAUAACAGGUGGGAAUUUUCCUUUGUGCUUCUAUACUGCUCUAACUGAAAGCUGUACUGCCAAUUAGUCAGCACUUUGUGUCCACAGAUUCUGUGUCUAUGUAUUAAACUAUCCAGAGAUUCAAAAUAUUCUUUAAAAAUGAAAACCAAACCAUUCCAAAAAGCAAACCUUGAUUUUGCUGUUUUAUAUACGGAACGCCAUUUUACUACACCAUUGAAUUAUAAUGGGACUUGAGCAUCCAAAGAUGUUGAAAUCCUCUGGGAGACGAAGAUGAGAAGCUUCAAGAUACAAACUUAAUACAGGUUGAGCAUCCCUCAUCCAGAAUUCCAAAAUCCCAAAUUGUCUACAGGGAUGCCUAAAAUAGUGAUACCUUUGUUUUUCAAUGACUGAAUGUACACAAACAUUGUUUCAUACACAAACAUUGUUUUAAAAAUGUAUAAAAGGUUAGGUGUUUGUGAAAUGGAUUUCAUGUUUAGAUUUGGGUCCUAUUUCCAAGAUAACUCAUUAUUACAUAUAUGCAAAUACAGGUAUUAUAAAGUCUUUUCAAAAAUAGAAAAUAACUCUAGUCUCAAACAUUUUGGACUAGAGAUAUACAACAUGUACUUCAGAAUGUGUGGCGUCCUGUCUAAAACUGGCUAAUCACUAUUUACUCAGAAGAUUCAUCAGUGUCACCUUAGAUCUAUUUACUGUAUCCUAAAAACAAGUCAAGAGAUUGACUGCUUCUUUUGUUUGCAAUUUAAAGAGAACUUUAAGAGUACAAGAAAAAAAAACUAAGGAGGCUGGAGGAAUUUAACUUUAGUUAGAAUUGUGUAAGAAUGAUGAUCAUGUAAGUAAAAAAAAGUGUACAAAUAUAUUUUGGAAUGACAGACAGAUGAUGAACCAGUAAAAGAUUAUAUGAGAAGUUGGGCUCAAUAUUUUGGGCAUAAUGUUCAAAUGAUUAUGUGAAAAAACUGUGGACCAAAGAUAAAACAUUUACUUUGGGUAGUAACUGAAACAUAAGUGUACAACAUGAUGAUUUUUUUGUCAUGUCAGGAGCAACUUGAGAAACCACCAAUUACUUCUGGAGUGAGAAUUGGCAAUCUGCAAGAAUGUUGCCCAGGGGCCACCCAGAUGUUUUGACCAUCCUUGUGGGAGGCUUCUCUCAUGUAUGGAGCUGGAGCUGAUAGAGGGAACUCAUCUGCGCUCUCCCCAGGUUAGAUUUGAACCGGCAACCUUCAGGUCAGCAACACAACUUUCAAGUCAUCAGUCCUACCGGCACAAGGGUUUUAAUCCACUGAGCCACCGGGGCUCCAUAACAUGGAUAAAUGAUACUUAAAUCCAAAUAACAAAUGUCCAAAAUGCAUCAAACUAAAGUUGGAGAUGUCAAGAGAACAGAUCUUUCACAUAUAGGAGACUCAUAAGAAAAAGUUAUUAGUCUGGGAUAUAGAUGUUGACUUAAAGAAAUCUGAAGAUGGGAUCUGCAAUGUUACCAGUGAUAUUUUUGUUAUGUAUUAAGGACCAUGAACAAGAUAAACAACUCUGGGCUACUUCUUCAAUACAUGAAAUCAGUCGGUAGAAUACUGUUUACUCAAACCUGCAAGUGGACCAGAGCACUGAUGAUGGAAGGAUGGAUUGUUGUUGAAGUUGCUGAGUUAGCCCAAAUUGCUAAGAUAAUGUGAAUGUUAAAGAUGAAGAGCAUUUUAUGGAUUUUAUGACCAAUUAUCAUGAUGUAAUGAUAUUUGAGUUACCAGUAUUAGCAAUCCUAAAGGAUUUAAUUCAUUGCAGUGUGGAUUGUGGGGUCAGAGCCCUGAUGUGUUUGCAUAUAGUCAUUAGGUUAGUGUCUUAGUAUGGUGUAUUAGUCCUUAGCAUAGUUUAGUGUUAAUUUUAAUUGUAGUCAAUUACAUAUAUAUAUAUAUGUGUGUGUGUGUGCGCGCACGUAUUCUCCUUUCCCCUCCCCCACUUUUCCCAGUUUCCUUUUUUCUACUCUGCUGUUUUUGAAUAUUUAGUACUUUUGCUGUAAUGGUUUGUACUUUUGUAAAAUCUUUAUUUACAAUUUAAUAAAAAAAAGCAUAAUACAAAA